AUGUUCAGUUUACGAGGAACUGGCAGUUAUAGUUACACAACAAAUUUAUUGACCAGGUCCGGAGAGAGACUUGUCCAUGAAUUUCUUCUUGGCGAAACACAACCACCAUUUGCUUGGCUUGCCAUUGUCGCUGUAUACUUUUUCGACAAGUCUUGCUGCAGUUUCUUGGCGAAUUUGUUAAUCACGAGAGAACCAGCCAAUCAGAGCGCUGAAAUCACUAGAAGCGGAGUGGGGAUGAAAGACGUUACAAACGGUUUCUGCAGUCUCGACUCAGCAACUCAACAAAGUAUUUAG